CGCAGGUCAACGGAGUGGUUGCUACGGUAUACAUUAUGAGCCCUAUCAACCCAUCGACCGCGUUGCAUUGUAUUCCAGCGGUUGCGAGUCGAUACCGCAACGCUUUCUGAUCGCCAUGACUUCCUCCUCGCCGCUGCUCUUGCUCUCUCUCAUCCUGGCCUGGUCAGCACCAGCCUUCCUCCUGGCGCGCGCCGGCGCCGGCGACCAAGGGCUCAAGCACAUCCACCUGUACAUGCACGAGACCUUCGCCGGCCCCAACGCCACGGCGAUCGUGACGGUGCCGUCACCACUGGGCGCCAACGCGACGUUCGGGGUGGUCGGCGUGCUCGACGACGAGCUGCGCGACGGCCCGGACCCGAAGAGCUCGUCGCUCGUGGGCCGGUACCAGGGCAUUUUCGCUGGAGCCGGGCUCGUGAGCCCGCCGGGCAUGCAGUCGGCGAUCAACUUCGUGUUCACGGCUGGGGAGCACAGCGGGAGCACGCUGGCAAUGCUGGGACCUGUUCUGAGCUUCACCGGUGCCAUCGAGCGCUCUGUGGUGGGCGGCACCGGCGCGUUCAGGAUGGCGCGUGGGUACUGCGUCAUGAUGGCCGCGGGCAACCCCACGCCGGACUCCAUCGUCUACGAGGUCGACCUAUUUGUGAAGAUGGAUUAUGCCUGAUCAUUUCCCUCUUCUCGUAACCUGUAUCGAUCAUUAUCGUGUAUCAUGCUGUAGAGAUUUGUGCAUAUUGGCAAGCCAUACAAGGAAGAAUAGCAGCAUUUGCCGGUGUGCAGCCCAUUGCACCUCGUUCAGCAGAAAGGGGUAUCUUUGCGAUCCGAGCCCAUCUCCCGCUUUUUUCGCUUUUUUCUUCUCCAUUUCAGUCCAAAAAUUAUGAUUGUGCCGUGUAUAUGCGUGUAUGUGAGCAUCUCCGAUUAUAUUAUGUUAAAAAAAUGUUUCAUUUUGCAUCUUUUUCGCGGUGUUUUUUCAUGGCA